UCGGGGCCGUAACCAGGCGGAGCUCCCGGCCAUGGGAGGGCUGCGAGCGCAGGAAGGCGGAGGUGCGGAGAGCACAGGAUCCUCAGAGAGGUUAAGUUAUGGAGCUUCCUGUUUUGCAGAAUGUGCAGGACGCAGUGCAUCAUACUUCCACAAAAGAGCUAGAUACAGCUACAGGUACUCAGCAGUCACCAACACAUUCCUGCAGGGAAAUAGUUACAAAAGCAGUGGCAUCUCUCUGGAGAGCACAGUGAUCAUUGAAGUAUUGGGGAAUUGCCAGAUGGUUUUGAAAGUGCAAGAUGUACAGAUUAAGAAAAGUCUUGCAUCCAGAGAGGAGUCUCUGAUGGAAAUGGAGAGUCUAAGGGAAGUACUAGAACAGCAUCCUCUUCAUUUUUCUUUCCAUGAUGGGAAAGUUCUGAAGCUCUGUCCUGUGAGGGGUGAACAGACCUGGGCACUGAACAUCAAGCGAGGCAUCCUCAGUGUGCUGCAGACAGCGCCAGAGUCCUCUGCUGGUGCUGUUGUUGAGGAGGUGGAUGUCCUGGGAAUCUGCCCAACCAGGUAUCAGCAAAAGGGUCCCAUUCUUGUAAAGACAAGGGACUUAAACCUCUGCUCCCAUCGCUCUUCUGGUUUGACUUCUGUGCAGUCUGUUGUUCUUCCUCAUGUGUCACCUGAGCAGCAGAUUGUGUCCUCCCAGCUGGAGUGUGUGCAGAGCAUCAGGGACGGGGUGCUGGAGGAGGCCAAGUGCAGCGAGUGGGAGCGCGUGCGGCUGCUCCCUCAGCAGGGCAGCGGGGCACAGACACAGACCCGCUCUGCGCUCACACUCCUGCACGUGGAAACAGACUCACUCUACAGUAAAGGGGGCUCUGAGGAUCUGUAUGUGACUGACAUUCUCUAUGAAAGGGAGGUAACUAAGAGGGAGGUCACUGGAGCAGAAGUGACUGAACUGGUGUGGAAGCUUUGCUUAGCACACAGUGCAAGUUAUGAGGUAAGCUGUACAGCCUCUGCUUCCUUGGGAGGCUCUUUGUGGGCUGAGAAUUCUCCUGCACAGAUAAGAGGUGACCAGGAGAGCAGCAAUUUUGAAAUACUGAAGCCUUCCAUUGUUUUGGACAUUUUAAAAUGUGGAAUUAGAAAAGAGAAAAUCUGCUUUCUGCACAGCAGGAAUAUUACACUUGUGGUUGUGCACUUACAGACUGCAGACCUUUUCAUGACUCUUGUGUUUGAGCUUCGACACCUUUCCCUUGAGGCCUUAAGGGCACUAUGGCAAAGAUCAUCAUUCAAGUGCAGAGACAAUUGGCAACCAUUAAUAGAUGCUCUCCCAUCUUGUGCCACAGAGGCAUGUGUUGUGCUAAUGAAAGACCUCAUAGCUUCUGGAGAAGUUGAAGAAGACAAAGUAGAAUAUUUCUUCUGGUCAUUUGCAUUCAUUCCUAAUCCCACUUCAGGCAUGAUUGAAUCUCUUGCUCCUUUGCUGAAGUCACCUAGAGCAGGCCAGAGCUGCUUCUUGGGAGUAACUGCCCUUGUACAUAGGUUUUGUUCAGCUCACAGCUCCUGUGGUGUUGUACCUGCUGUGCAGAGUGUGAUGAGGACUCUUGGGAAAUUUUUGGGAGGAAACUGCACCGUGCAAAAUCCAGAACAUCUCAGCAAGCUGCAGCUGGUGCUGAAAGCCAUCGGGAACGCGGGGCUGGCAGCGGCUGCGCUGGCUCCUGCUCUGAGCUCGUGCGCUGCCCUCAGGAGCCAUCCCAUGGAAAUCCGCCUCGCCGCCGUCCAGGCCUUCCGGCGCCUUCCCUGCUCCCUCAGGAAUGCUAUAUUAGUUCAGCUGUAUCAAGCAACCAGCGAAGAUGUGGAAAUAAGAAUUGCUGCUUAUUAUAUAGCAAUGAAAUGUCCACAUGAAGAGUUAUUUAAACAAGUACAAAAGACUUUGCUGAAAGAAACAUCCAGCCAAGUGGGCUCCUUUGUUUGGAGUCAUCUCACUCAGCUCCUGGAGACAGAUGACCCAUUGAAGGAGCACCUUCGAGAUUCUAUUCCUGAUGAAAUCCUUAGCAAAGAUUUUGACUGGGAGACAUGGAAAUACUCCUCAUACUCUGAUGUCACCUUUCACUCAGCUGGUGCAGGUGCAAAUAUGGAAGCAUCAGUGGUCUUUUCUCCUACAUCUUUUCUACCACGAUCAGUCAUGACAAAUUUGACUGUUCACUUCAUGGGACAGGCUAUAAAUCUCCUGGAGGUUGGUGUACGAUUGGAGAAUGCUGAAACUCUCAUAGAGAAGGGGUUUGGGCCAAAAUCUUCUACUUUCAGUGACUAUUUUUUUGGAAACACCAAAGAAGGAAACCACAAAUCAGAAACUGCAGUGGAGACAGCAGAAGAGGUCAAGCAGAGGAACCCGACUUUGAAGCGCUACAGCCCCACUGAGCAUCUUGUGAGCAAGUCUGGCAAGCCAAAGCUGAGAAAAACAAACCAAAACUGUCUUGGUAGAAAAUACAGUAAGAUGAAUGAAUUAGUCAAAAAGUUCACUGAGAGGACAGUAAGAAAGGAGGCGUUGAAAUGUGAGCUAAGCAUGAAAAUCUUUGGAAAUGAACUUAGCUUCUUAAAUUGUGAAGAUUUAAGAAAACAAAUGAAACAUUAUUCCUUAAAUCUGGCUGAGUUGGCUGUCAAACUUCUGAAGGGGCAGGAGGUCCAGUUUAAUAAAAGGAUGAGCUUGGCCACUGAAGAGCUGCAGUUUCCAGCAAUUUCAGGCUUUCCUGUUCAACUGGCAGUCAAUGCCUCAGCAGCAAUCAACGUAAAAAUAAAAGGGAAUGCUGAUUUCAAACAACAGUCCAAUUUCUUUCUAAAUGGAUAUAUCAAGCCAAGUGCAUUUGUUCAGCUCUCUGUCCAAAUGGGAAUUGUGGGGACUCUGGGACAAGCUGGCCUAAAGUGGUUAACAGGAAUGAGGACAUCUACUAGUCUUGAUGGGGGGAUCCAGGUGAAGAAGGGGAAAGAGCUCAAAGUUUUCUUGAACACUCCAGAAGAAUCUAUGGAGAUAAUUAAUUUCAGCUCUAAACUCUACUACAGAAUGGUGGAUGAGACAGAGGAUAUAGAUGUCUUCCAAGACCACACAGAGAGCAGGUCCUGCACUAGGGAGGAAGUAUCUGAGAUUAUUGGCUGGCAGCUGUGUUCUGCAUUGUCCUAUCCUGACCCAGCCAGUGGUUUGGUUUUCCCCCUCAGUGGACCUUUGAGAGUGGCUGUGACAUUAACUAAGCAGGACAGAGGCCUGCAGCAGUACGUGGUGGAAGCUGCCUAUGACCACAUAGCUCAGGAGAAUUCAUGGAUCCCUAGUGAAGCUGUCUUUCACUUCUUCCUUGGGACUCCAAAGUCAGACUUGAAAAGAGAUAUUGGUGUUGACCUAAGUUUUAGUGUCCCACAGAGGAAAUUCAGAAUCCAAUUUAUGCAACCCAAGAAAAAAAUUGAGAUUGAUGGGAGGAUUGAGUUCUCUAAAAGUUCCCGAGUUGGACACCUGGAGCUGAUAGUGGAUGACCGAGAUGUGUAUUACAUUAAGGGAAUGGCAGAUUUGCAGGUGCUGAGUGGAGAGCAGAGAUACAUGGCCCAGCUGGAGGUAAAGCUGAUAAAGCAAAGCAGUCCUAUCAUUUUGUCAGGAAACAUCACUAAACAGCUUGGCAAGAAGAUAGCUUUUUCAGUAUCUCUGCAUAAUUUGUUGAAGGAUGCUGCCUUUCUUUCAGGACUUCUGGAGAAAAAGGUUGAUGGUAAGCAGAGACAAUACUCAUUGGAAGGGGAGACCCACCUGCCAGGUGUUCUUGGAGUUCAUGCCAUUGCUCUUCUCCAGCAGCGUGAGGGAUUGUGGUCUCAUGGUCUGCAGAUUAAAUAUGGACUCCUAGGAGAGGCAAAAACCCCUUGCCACGAGUGCCACACGCAGCAGAAAGCUCAGGUGGAGACGGGUGCCCGGGGCUCCUACAGCCUGGAGCUGGGCCAUGAGCUUCACUGCGGGCAGGCUCCCUCCUACAGCCACCAGGUUCACCUGAAACAUGAAGUGACUGCAUCUUGGAUUUCCUCCCAGAUGGAAGUGAACUAUGGGAAACAUUGGGAUGAAAUAAACAACAAGAAGAAAGUGCUGAUCAGCCAAGCCUUUAAGAACAGUUCCAGUUCAUCUGUAGUCAGCUAUUUCAUGGAGUUUACCAUGCAAGUCCUGGAAAAACAGAUGAAUUAUAGAAUCCAGCUGCAGCACUUGCACACCUCUCAGGUGUAUUUGCAGAGCAGCACCAACUUUGAGGUGCAGUAUAAUGACCAUGUGCCAUUUGUGGCUGGGCUGCAGUGGAAGGAUGCAUCCAGAAAUGGCCUGAAGAAGUGGGAAGGUGGGUUCAGCAUAGACACCCCAUGGCUCUACCUGUACACAGCUCACAAACUGCACCAGCCUCAGCAUUCUGCUUAUUUACUGACAUCCCAGCUGACAGCUGCAAGGGCUCUCUCCAUUAAAGACCUUGUACUGGAACUAUUCUAUAAAGACCAAGGCAAUGAGAAGGAAGGAAAAGUUCACAUUUACACACCAGCUACCACAUACCUGCAGGCAUCCACAGUUAAUCAUCUUGGGAGGAAUGUUCUGCAUAGCUAUAGUGAAAUGGUCUCUCUGUGGAAUCAGCUCGUGAAGAAUGAGAUUCAUUUGGAGAAUAAUGAACGAGCCAAACUUCUCUGCUUUAAGAUAAAGAGUACAAAACAGGAAUUUAACUUCACAGCCAGCUAUCAGAAUCUGCCAACGCCUAAGAAGACAAACUUUUCUGUGAAGAUUGUAUGGAGAGAUUAUAAAAGUCAGCCUGUUGUACUGCAGUGCGAAGGUCAGAUAAAGGAGCUGAGGAAGGAGAAGAUGCUCUAUCAGAAACGUGCAACCCUCCAUUUCAGGCAUCCUUUUAAAGUGCCUUUUCUGCAGAGCUUCUUUCUGCAGGAGACAUUUACUGUUGACAAAAAGCAAAAGCACUAUUUCAUGGAAACAAAAGUUUUGAUAAAUGGAGUGGAGGAAACAGUUCAGACUCUCAUACUUGGUUACCAACCUGAAAACCCCUAUAUUUGUGCUGGCUUAACUCAUCCUUAUAACUACAGCAUGUUUCCCAAAGAUGUUGAAAUGUGCAUUUUAACUCUAAGUCAUCAAAAUCUUGAGUUUCCACAAGCAAUGGCCCUAAGUGGGGAGCUGUUCUCCAGGCAGACUAAACUGGAACACUUGGACUGUGGUGUGAGUGUAAAAGUCAUCAUCAACAAGAACACGUCUUCACAGGCCCAGGCAGCCCUGAAGAGUUAUGGUGAGAACAAUGUCAAUGGCUCCCUUCACCUGCAUUCCAAUGGAAGGGAAAUGCUGAUGCUGGAGGUUGAUAUGAACAAUGAAAAGAGGAGGAAUGCCAGAAUUGUUGAACUGAGGGCUUUUCUCCAUCAAACAGUCCUGACAAAUCCAGAAUCAGUACAGUUCCAGCUCAUGAGCAAGAUAUUUCCAUCAAGACUUCUGUUGUCUUCUGACUUGAAGCUUAAUGAAAAUAGGCUUCAAGUGGAUUUCAUGGGAGCCAGGGAGCAGAAAGUUGGUUUUGUUUUGUCCCUGAAUGGAAGAGUCCAACACACUUUUACUGGAAUAAAGGCCAUACCUCAUCUCCUUUCUCUGGAUGGAUUACUGAAGUGCAAAAACAACAUUCAUGACGGUAACAUCAAUGUGAUGGUCAACCAAAGACUGUAUGGACUGCAAGUCAGGAACAGGAAUGUGUUUGGGAAUACCACUGUGCACAAUCUCACUGUUGCCAUGGUUCAGAAUGGCAGUCAGGCAAUCCCAGGGGAGGCAAGACUGAAAGGACACCUGGAACUGAGUAAAGAGAAGAAAAGGGGGCUAGCUAGCUUCCAGGUGGAUGAGAAGGCUCUUUCUGUAGAUUUUUUCAAUAUCAUGGAUCAUGGGCACAGCAGAGUCAGUGGGACUUUCACACAUAAUGUUGACUUUUUAAAAGAUGCAGGGUUGCCUUUGGAUGGCAUUCUUACUGCCACAUGUGAGCAUGGCACAGGAAACCACAGCAUUGCCAUAGCCCUGCAGAGUGGCAGUGACAGGAUGCUUGCUGUGUUUGAGGGGCACAGAGUGGCCACAGAGCCUCCAACAUCCCAGCUGUCUGUGAGCUUAAAGCACAACAUCUCAAAGAUCAAGGAACAUGGGAUCCCUUUUGUUUUAGAAGCUGCUGGCUAUUAUGAGAAUUUCUCCAGAAAGAUUGCUGCAGGGAUAACAACCACAGUGGAGACAGAGCAGCUCAGGAUUGAAAUAGAGAAGAAAACCACUGACACUGCUAUAGAAAUUUCUCUUUCACUUCACCAUGAUGUGGGAGGACUGAUGGACAUUGUUCCACGUGUACUAGAGGUUGCUUGCAGUGGAGAAUCUGCUAACAAACAACUUUCUGGCCUUUGCAAUGGUGCAAUUGCAUUCCAUCAUUUUGAGACUCCAGCAAGAGUUUCACUGAAUGGGUCAAUAUUUACCAGCAACUUUACUCUCAUCCUCUUUGGACACAUUUCUUUUCAUGACGUAUUUGCCUGCCUACAACUCUAUGCCACCAGUAACACCCAUCCUCAUUUAGAAAUCGACUUCCAGCAUUCUUUGCCUUCACUUCAUUCUCUGGGAAUUGCCAGAGAGAACCAACUGAAGGUGUCAGCCAUGAGAAGUGACAAGUACAAGGGCAUCCUUGGUAUCGUCCUCGGGCCUUGCACUUUGGAAGCUGAUGGGGAAGUGAGCCUGGCAGGCAAUGAGACAGGAUGGGCACUUGCUUUUAGAAACAAGUGCGUCAGUCUAGAGAGGAUGGGAUUGCCUCGUGCUGCAGUCUUGGGGGGCUCAUUUCAGCAGAACAUCUGCAACGUGGGCUUGUUAAUGAAGCUGCAGUGUGAUGGCAGAGCAGUGGAUGUGCAGAUAGACACCUCCUGCCAGCGUGAAUACACACUCCAAGGGAUGCUCAGGCAUUCGUUUCCCUGGCUCAGCCAGCUUGGGCUGCCUUUUGAAAACUCAGUCCUGUUCUCUGCAGCCACAGACUCCACCACAGAGGGCAUUUUCCUGCUGCAGGCUGGCAGAUGCAGACUGAGGGCUAGAGGGGACCUCUGCAUUCAGAAUAAAGCUGACUGGACACUGGAAACAGAAACAGAAUGCCAACUUCUGCAGGAUCUCAGUUUCCCAACUCAGUCCCGGCUCACAGGAUCCAUCCAGAAGGACAAGUGCCAGGCAGAGCUGCUCUCUGUCCUGGAAACAGGAGGCAAAACUGCCCGGCUUGAAGUGAGAGCAGAGUGCAAGCCAAAGCUGGCUCUGGAAAUUCAGUUCAGGCAUGACCUCCCCCAGCUGAGGGAAAUCCCAAGGGAAAAUGAGCUGUCCAUCACUGCACGGAAACACUUCAGAUAUGUCAUUGGAGAAAGACAAGAGCUGGAUGCAGUGCUUACCCAUAACAUCCAAGGAGCUGCUGACAUUGGCAUCCCCAUGAGGAUGUUACUUGAUGUGAUAUCAGAAAAAAACAGUGACUUCUAUAAAGGAUUUAUCAAUUUCUGUGUGAACAACAAGCAAAUUACAGAAGAACUGAACUUUGUCCAGAAGUUGGAUGUUGUGUCUCUUAACUACAAACUUACUCACAACAUAGACACAUUGAAGACUUUGCAAAUAAAAGACAGGAUUGAGUUGCAGAUAGAUGUGGUUUUCCAAGGGAGAAACACAACUCAAGAGAGAUAUGUGCACAUUGCAGCUGGAGAAACAUCACUCACAUACAUAAUAAACUCCCGUUAUGUUGGCCACCAAGUGGAUCUGUCCUGCCAGAGUGUGCACAGCAGUGAGGUUCUCCAGGCUUCAGGCUACCCUAAGGCAAUCAACUUGAUUUUCAGUGCACAGAAAUCAGAAAACAAAGCCAAGACUGUCUGUGAAAUCCAGUAUGGUGAGAAAGAUAUAACUGUGACUGUGGAUGUUGACACAGACUUUGAACUCUCUGGUAUAUUUGUGUUCAUGGCAGAGGUGAAACAUUCAAUAUCACUUCUCCAUCACCUGGGACUUCCCUUCUUUUUUAAGAUGACAAUUCAAGAAGUCAUGACUGAAAAUGAAACUGAAGGUGCUCUGAGGCUGACCUAUGAAAAAAACAAAAACUUCUCCUUUUCCAUCAGCAGAAAAAAAGACCAGCAAGGUGAAGAGUUGAAUAUAAAAGCACUCCAGACUCAUCCCUUCUUUCUACAGUACUUCCCCUGUGCAGCACAACUGUCUUCUAAGGUAAAUUAUGAUAUGAGUGAAGCAAAAGGCAAACUCUACCUCAGGAUGGAAAAACGGGAUUUCAACGUUUCAGCAAAGCUAACUUUGACUGGAAGCAGCUACAGCAAUGCCAUUGAGGUGGCACAGACCAUGGCCCAGUUAAAAAUUCUUCCAAGACAACUUAUGCUUAUGACAAUUUACCAAAAAGACAACAGAACUCAUCUGCUGAGGCACAUUGCCCUGUGGGAUGGCAAAGAGCUAAAGCUAACAGGCACUUACACUGGACUCUUCCCAAAGCUGCCUGGAGGCCAUGGCAUUCAGGUGGAACUUCUCCAUCCUCUCUCCAUCCCUUUUCCACGGCAUGCCUGGGCCAACUUAUAUGUGAAACAUUCAGCACGCAGUCACCAGGAUGUCCUUACUGUCAUUUGGAAUGAAAAGGACAAGAUAUCAGUGUCGUCUUCUCUGAGGAUUGGAAGGCACCGGACAAGCUACAGAGCCACUGCUGCCCACCCAUUUAAUUACACUCUGAAGGAGCUGGAGGUGCAUUCCCUGUCAGAAAGAAGGGGCAGAAAGUACAACCAGCAGCUGCAGGUCUCAGGGAAUGCUGGGCAGCCUGCUCACCUCCAGCUGGGGCUGGAGGAUAAAUCCAAGAUGGACAUCACUGCCUGGGGUGGCUGUGUGACACUCUCUGCAGGCCAGCUUCAGAGAAUAUUAAGCAUGGAACACCUGCAUGCAUGUGGGUCUCUAGAGCAAAGACCAACAUUGUUUAGUGAAUACCUAGAUCUGAACUGGGAUGACAAAAAAUUCAAACACAAUUUCACAUAUGAGAGAAAUCAACUCUUGUAUCCUGAUAAGUUUCAGUUAGAAGCUGUUCUGGAAAAUAUUUUCCUGACUCCAUGUGCCAAACAGAAGAUUCUGGGUAAAAUAGAAACAAACUACACCUCUUGCCUGGAUUACUAUUCAAGCUUUGAGUUCUGUGACCUUCCAAAUGUAAUUGUUUUAUCUGGAAAGCACCAGCUCAACAAAGAUGACACCAUUUUGCACUCAGAGGGCAGAUUCCACCUUGCUGAUGGUGGGAGAGAUGAGGGGCUGAUUGGAAUAUCCAUAAAGAAUCAGAGCACUGCUGAUGUGAAGAACUAUUCUCUGGAAAUUGAAUUAAGAGCCUUUGAAGAUAUUUGGCUAGGCCUGACAGGAACUGCUGCUUCCUCAUCUGUCCAGAGCCAAAUCCUGGUGGAGGGGAUUAUUGAUCAGAAAGAGAAAGUAAAAGUAGCUGCUUCAAAAGGAAAGGAGUGUUUUCAGUACUACAUGGGGUAUCUGCAAGGGGAUUUGGAAGAAGGAGUGGAAGUCAGUGCUUGUUCUGAUGGGAAACACAGGGCUGCCAUUAACACCUAUCUCAUCAUCAAUGGUAAAAGGCAGGAAAACGUGGGACAAGUAACUCUAGCAGCUGCUAAUGGAAGCUUGAGUUUUCUGGCCCAUGGAUGUGGGGAUCCAGUUCUUAAGGCUGAGAACAAGCUUAAUGAAAUUGGGAGCCUUUUGAAAACCACACUGAGUGAGAAGAUAAAGAAGUUUGAUGGACACCUGUGGAGAUUCAGGAGAUCAGUGCAGCAUGUUGGUUUCCUGUCUGAAGCAGCUGGCUGGCCUUCAAUGGCCUUGCAAAGGGCAGCAGGAUUCCUGCACAGCGGGGCCACGGCUGUCGCCCAGGUGUGGAAGCAAAGUGGAAUUGGGCACGUUCUGAGAAGCAGGAUCCCACUUUACCUGGAGAAAAUUCAAGAUGUUGUCCAGCAAAUGCAGAACGAAUUACAAAAGCCAUUAGCAACUUUGAAAGAUGCCUACUACGAUGUAACCUUGAAGCCACUGGAUGAAGUCUGGAAAGAGAAGACAGAAGAGCACAUGAAGAAAAUCCUGGCUUUCUUACCCAAGAUUGUAAAAGAUGUGUGGCUAAUGAAACCAAUUCAGAUGGCAUUAAAGGUGGUGAAAGCAGGCUUGGAUAUGGCUACCCAGCAGGUGCUCAGGUGGGCAGAGGCCACGUUUUCCAGAGCUGUGAGCAAGAUCCGGAAGCCCUUGCUGCACCUGUACAGUUUUUCACCCAGGAACUGUUCAGUGGCAGGAAAGCUGCCAGUACUACCUAAAGCAGACCUGUCCCUGCAGCUGGCAAAUGUUACCACUUACCUCAUUGGAGAAAAACUGAUGAGGCCUCUGCAAGACCUCUACAAUCUCAACAUCCUUGCAGAGUACUAUAGAAUCAAAAGGAGGAUGAUGGAGAGCCCCUUUGAAUAUCAUGCUAUGAUAGUUGGGAGCAAGCAUCUUGUGACUUUUGAUGGAAAAAUGUAUGAUUUGGCAUCAAAGUGCAGUGUUCUUCUUGCCAAGGAUUUUGUUCACAGUGCUUUCACUAUAAUACUAAAUGAGGAAACUAGGAACUCCAGAUCACUGUAUGUGGAGAUGAAUCAGACUGUGAUCACCAUCUACCCACGACUAAAGACAUCCAAGAUGUAUAACUUCUCCCUUACGGAAGAGAACUGCCAAGUGCUGGAUCCAUCCCUUGAAAACAGUACCAUGAAUUCAAGGCAAGGAAUCAACAAAAUAGAAGUAUCUGAUCAGAAAGGAGUUUCUGUCUCUUGUGACUUUCAGUAUGAUCUCUGUACUGUCACUCUGGCUGGGUGGCACCAUGGUGUUUCAGCUGGGCUUUUUGGUACCAAUGAUAAUGAAGCUGGAAAUGAAUGGAUGGUGCCUAAUGGUUCCUUCACUGACAACGUGAAAGAGUUCACCCAGAGCUGGCAGGUGAGGAGUGCAGGGCUGCUGCCAGAGGGCACUGUAAAUAAGUGCAGUCUUGUAGAGAAGAAAGAGAAGCCAUGCCCAAUUACAGCUAAGCAAAACAUCUGCAAAGCGUUCUUUGAAGAACCACAUUCACUUCUUAGGAACUGCUUCAAAGUUGUGGAGCCCAAGCCAUUCUACACCAUGUGCACACAGGACACCUGUGACUCCCCGGCCCUGGGGGCUGCCUGCAGCUUGGCAGCAGCUUUUGUUCAUUUGUGCAACCGGAAUUUUGUCCCUGUGGAAAUCCCUCCCCAGUGCUCGAGCCAGUUCUGAAUGGCAGACAGCAGCCCUGAAGAUGGAAGAACCCUUUCAGCACCCAAACCAGAAAAGUUAUUUUAGGCAGACAAGCUAGAGGCAAGAACAGGGAGAGAACAGUAGAAGAGAGAAGCAUUCGUGUUAACUGUGAAUAUAGUGAAGUAUAUAAGGCAGAAAAGGAAAGAUUUCCACCCAGAACCCCUGAGGGCAAGAGAAAUUAUUUCAGUAUAUUGACAAGAAACUAAUAAUCAACCAGAAGAAAUCUGACAAGAAAGCAUCAGUUACUCUAAAAAAAUUCUCCCAUUUGGUGGCAAAAUUGCCUCUCCACAAGCCUUGAACCAUAGCACAAAUACACUGAAAAGCUGAGAAAAGCUCUCUUCCAGCUCAGAUUAGUAGAAGUGGACUACUUUG